AUGGUCCAGCUGGGAGAUGAAGCGACCCUGUACUCCCUUAUCUUCGUGGGGAUCCUGCUGGGGACCCGAAGCCCGGUGUGGACAGUGGUCCUCACCGCCUCUCUCUACCUCUUUCUAGCCAUGUUCCGCUUCCCACAGGUACCAUCCAGCCGAACCCAGAAGGUGCUCCACCCAGUCAAGGGCACGGCGGGCACCGGCAAGGUGUCGGUGGUCGCUCACCGGGGCGGCGGGCACGAUGCACCGGAGAACACGAUAGCAUCUAUCCGAGAGGCCAGUAAGAAUGGGGCGACUGGUGUGGAAUUGGACCUGGAGUUCUCAGCAGAUGGCGUCCCAAUACUGAUGCAUGAUGAGACCGUGGACCGGACCACCAGUGGGUCAGGAUUCCUCAGCAAGAUGAAAAUGUCAGAGCUGGCUAAACUGGAUGCAGCUGCUAAACAUCGACUCAGGGACAAGUUUGCAGGAGAGAAGAUCCCCACCCUGGAGGAGGCAGUGGAGGAAUGCAUCAAACUGCAGCUAACCAUCUACUUUGAUGUCAAAGGUCAUCCAGAUGAGGCAGCCGCAGCUCUAAAAGAAUUGUAUAAGAAACAUCCGGUCCUCUACAACAGCAGCAUCGUCUGCUCCUUCGAGCCCAAAGUCAUCUACAGGAUGAGACAGAGUGACCCAGACGUGGUCACAGCACUGACCCACCGGCCUUGGAGCCUGAGCCGGUUCGGGGACGGUGCCCCGCGUUUCUCAUCGCUGUGGAAACACCACUGGAUGACUCUCAUGGACAUCUUGUUGGACUGGGCACACCAUCAUGUUUUGUGGAAGCUCUGUGGCGUUUCGGCGUUCCUGAUACAGAAGAACUUUGUCUCACAGGACUAUGUGCAGUACUGGGCCCAGAGGGGUGUCGACGUUGUAGCCUGGACCGUCAACACACAAGUAGAGAAGGAGUAUUACCAGGAGGUGCUAAAAGUCAACUACAUCACAGACAGCAUGGUGGAAGACUGUGACCCUCAUUACUGACGUACACAUAAAUCCAUUCCACAAAAUGUUGGCAUUUAAUAAAGAUAAAAGUCAUAAAAAAAAAAGAACCGUCACCCAAAUCUAGGCUCAAGCAAGAGAUCAUAUACUCCUUUUAAUUCCAAGAACACUUUCGCUGCUGUUUUUCUAUGGGUGUAUGUUUCCUGAAGCAUUUAACUGGGCGCCAUAACAAAAUACCAAUUAAAGAUUUUAUUACAAUUAAAUCACUUUAAUAAUGAUGAACUCGCCUGUUAUCUUUACAGACUUGUUAAUGCAAGGUGCUGGUAAUAUGUGUCUAUAAUAGACCUGCAGCAAUAUGAUGUAUUCAUCCACUCAGGACUACAUCGUUUUUUUUUUUUUUAAUGUUUGUCUUGUUGUGUUUAUACAGUCUUUCAGAUAAUGCAGAGCACUGUGUGCGCUUUUUACUCACUAAGAUCUGAAGAAAUCUACCUUGAGAUGAUUUUUUUUUUUUUGUCAUUUAUGACAUGUGAAUACUACUUAUUAAAGAAAGAUACGUAAAUGCUUUAUAGAGCAGCAUAGGCAAGCUAAUAAUAAGUAGGCUUGGUGAUUACUUAUGUUGUUAAUGUAUGGAGAAAACAAACUUUUAAUGUUUUUUUUUUUUUCUUUGCAGUACACUUAAAAUUUUGCUCCUCAUUGUAGUGCUGUGUUUUUGUUUGUUUGUUUUUUUGCAGUUAUUUAAUACUGCAGUGAUAAGUACCUGCUUAAGGUGACAGAGCUGCUUUUUUCCCCUUUAUUACAGUAACAAAGUACUGUAUAUGAAAACACAAGGACAUUUAUGAGGGAUCAAUUGUGGCACAGAUAGACGAAUGAAGUUAAAGCAUGGGUUUGUGUAAGGCUCAAGUGUUACCAAUAACACAGUGCCUUUUUUUUAAAAAAGUAAACCAUUUUUUUUUAGCAGUAUGACAGUUUUGUAACUGCUUUACUUGAAUGGGUAAAAACUAAAGUUAGGUGUUGCUUGAUGUUGCUGUUUGUCUGGAAAAUCAGCCUCAUGCUUUUGCAUUUCAUAUACGAUGAAUGUAAACUUGAGUGUAGAAUUUCAAAAUGUAAAUUACACAAUUUGGUGUUGCCAUAAGGCUUUAAAUGACUUUAAUAAGCCUGACUGAUUCUGGGUGUUGGGGCUAAUGACUGCCAGCUUUUGGUGGUAACCACAUUCUAGUAUCUGAUGAUAUCAUUACAUCUAUACACUAUAGAUACUACUGUACACCAGAGGUGGGCAAUUAAUUUUCCUAAGUUUAGAAACUGGAACGGUUGUGGAGGUAAAAUAUCAAAUUUUUACUCAACCAUAAAAUCUAUGUUUACUAAUUAAAUGGCUCCAAGUAACAGGAAAAUGCAUCAACCGUUUAAAGUAAGGUGACACGGACUCAUUGCCUUAAAUAAAUGUGUACUAACUUUA